AUGGUGGAUAGGUCUGUAACACAAGUGUCGCGUUCUAUGGCGACACACACUGCACCAGAGAAGUCUAUUUCAAGCGUCAAGGUACAGAAGUCGGAUCCGGCCUCGUAUGCCUCAGCCGUGGACAAGAAAGCUCAGGCCAAGAGAGUUGAAGCCAUCUUGGAAAGUAAUGGCAUGAUUCCAAGGGACCGCGUGCACUCGGAAGUGGCAUGGUUCUAUGAAAGCCUGGGCAUUGAUAUCACGUACUUUAUUCUGGAAAAUGCUGAAACGAUCGCCGGACACAUAGUGUCACUGUACGCCGCCAAGAUCUCCGAAUACGCUAAACAUACGGGGCACAUCAAGAUUGAUUUGCAGAAGCGCUCAGAUGAUUCAGCCGUCUUCAUUCACUCAAGCGACCCGGGUGUGAGCACGAUCGACACACUAUGGGAGCGUCGCAUUGAUUCCGAGUAUCUGAACAAGCCGACACUCGAUCGCGCUUUCCGUCUUGAGUCUUAUCGAUCUUCGGGUUUGCUCACAGAGAAUGCACCCGAACAGCUGCGUUGCCACUUCUUGCAAAAGUGUCAGUUCGCCGAGCCAGUGCCCGAUUUGUCGUCGGAACAGGCCCAGGACAUUCGUGCCGUAUCCGACAAGACGUUCUUGACGAAGACAAGCGACCAUGUCUUGGAUAUUUACCAAAACGUCAUGCGACAGGCUCUCAAGAAUGACGGCCCUGCUAUCGAAGUUUUCAAGGUGGACGACUCAACGGAGCACCACGUCGUCAUUGGCUAUCGGAUGGGCACGACGUCGAACUUUUUCAGUGCUAUGACGGAUCUUUAUCAUUAUUAUGGCCUAUACUCGACUCGCAAGUAUGUUGAGCAUUUUAGCAACGGCAUCACGAUCAUGUCGAUUUAUCUGAAUCCGUUGCCUCCUACAGAUACGCCAUCAGUCGAUAUGAGUAUUCUUCGUGUGCUGGAAGAAGUGUCACUAAUUUAUGCAUUGCCUGAUAAUCCGUUCUUCACCGCGAAUGGGAGCGGAAAAUCCCUCACUGUACAGGAGGCUACGUAUGCAUAUGUGGGUUGGCUCUUCGCACAGCACUUUUGUAACCGUCUUGGCACAGCGUACGAAGCAUUGCGUGAAAUCAUCGACGAAUCCAAUUCGCACCAUGCGGCUGUGCUUCACGACAUCAAGAUGCGCCUUCGUGAGGAAACGUUUACGCGCCAAUCGAUUUUCGAAGUCAUUAGAAACUUCCCUGAAGUAACACGCCUGUUGUAUGCCCGCUUUGCAUAUCUUCACUACUCUGACCAGACGCCUGCCACUGGCAUUGAGCCUUCUGCUCACGAAAAGCUUAUGCCUGACGUGCCACUUUCUGAUCAAGAGCUGUAUGACGUAAUUAUCAAAUCGGCCAGCAACUCGCACGAACGCCAGGUGCUUUUAGCAUUGCUCGCAUUCAACAAGUCUGUGCUAAAGACAAACUUUUACACGCCGACGAAGGUGGCGCUUAGUUUCCGUCUUGACCCGUCGUUUUUACCUGAGUCUGAGUACCCUGUGAAGCCGUAUGGUAUCUUCUUUGUGGUGGGAUCGGACUUCCGUGGAUUCCACGUCCGAUUCCGUGAUGUGUCGCGUGGUGGUAUCCGUAUUAUCCGCAGUCGUAACAAGGAAAACUACUCGAUUAAUCAACGGACACUAUUCGACGAGAAUUACGGCCUGGCUCGUACACAGCAUCUGAAGAACAAGGACAUUCCUGAGGGUGGUGCUAAGGGCACAAUCUUGCCGGACAUGGGUGCCGAGCCGAGCCGAUGCUUCGAGAAGUAUGUUGACUCAAUUCUUGAUCUCUUGGUUCAACCGACGUCUUCGGGGGCGAAGCAACCCAUUGUCGACUUCGUUGGUAAGGAAGAGAUCUUGUUCUUUGGCCCCGAUGAAGGCACGGCAGAUCUCAUGGAUUGGGGAGCGGAACAUGCCCGCAAGCGCGGCGCUCCCUGGUGGAAGUCGUUUACGACUGGCAAGACUGCGUCGGCUUUGGGCGGUGUGCCUCAUGACGUGUUCGGCAUGACAUCCCUUUCUGUACGCCAAUACAUCCACGGCAUUAUUCGCAUGCUUGGCCUCAAAGAACAAGAAGUAACAAAAGUACAGACGGGCGGUCCUGACGGCGACUUGGGCUCGAACGAGAUUCUUCAGUCGAAGGAUAAGACCGUGGCAAUUAUUGAUGGAUCUGGUGUAAUUCAUGACCCUCAUGGAUUGGAUCGGGAGGAACUUGUCCACCUUGCGAAAGAGCGCAAGACGAUUUCUCAUUUCGACCCAUCGAAGUUGUCAAAAGAUGGCUACCGUGUCCUUGUGGAAGACCGCAAUCUGAAGCUGCCGUCUGGCGAGGUUGUGCCUGAUGGCUUCAAUUUCCGUAAUGGAGCCCAUCUUCGGUAUAAGGCCGAUUUGUUUGUUCCGUGCGGUGGCCGACCCGAGUCUAUCAAUGUAACAAACGUGCAGCAGCUGAUCAAGGGUGAAACGACGAACUACAAAUACAUCGUUGAAGGUGCGAACUUAUUUAUCACGCGCCAGGCGCGCCUUGAACUCGAGAAGAACGGUGUAAUUCUAUACCCAGAUGCAAGUGCAAACAAGGGUGGUGUUACGUCGAGCAGUUUGGAAGUGUUGGUUGGUCUCAGCCUAACAGAUGAGGAGUACAUCCAGAACAUGCUCUUCGUCGAUGGCAAGCCAACGCCUUUCUACAUGAAUUACGUGCGCGAUAUUCAAAGCAUCAUCGCUCGUAAUGCUCGUGGCGAGUUCGAGGCUAUCUGGCGGGAGAACGAGGAGACUGGAAAGCCACGCUCAUUUGUUUCUACCGAUCUCUCUCGCUCCCUGAACCUCUUAUCGCUCGAGAUUGAAAAGACAAACCUUUUCGAGCAAGACACGCUACGCAAUACCAUUCUCAAGCUUGUGUUCCCCCAGUCUCUCGUCGCCAAGGUCGGGCUAGAUGAGCUUGUGCGACGCGUCCCGGAGUCGUACCUGAAGAGUGCGUUUGCCGCGCAAGUCGCUGCUGGCUUCAUUUACGCAAAAGGUCCUCGCGCAAGUCACGUUGACUUUUACGACCACAUUUCCGCUCUUUUGCAAGGGUCUUCCUAG